AUGCCUGCUACACAUGGAAGAGUUAAGAACGGCCCAUAUGGCGGAAUGGGAGGCCAAUACUACGAUGCAGAACAUGGGGAACAUAAAAUCCACAAGGUUAACGCCUGGGGACGGAGCUACGCCGGCUACGAUGUUCUGAACGGCUUCCAGUUCACCUACGACGACGGCUACCAGGGCCCGCUUGUCGGCCACCAGAACUCCAACAAUCAUAAAGAGUUUACCUUCAAGGAUGGCGAAAAGAUAGAUUCCAUGACUGUCUAUGCUGGUGACAACGAAGGCUUUGUCAACGGCUUCGACUUCCAUACCAACUACAAUAAUAACUAUUCGAUUGGUGGAAAGGAGGGUAAGCACAACCGUCUCCCGAGCAUUGGAACUGGUGAAUGGAUUGGAGCUGAGGGCAGGGACCCCAUUCAUGGCGCCGCCGAUGUUGUGGAUAAUAUCGACAUUUGGUUCAAGGCUUGA